CUGCGGGCAUCUGGCGGAACAGCGGGCACCGAGUCGUCUGGCAAGACUGCGGGCACCGAGUCGUCUGGCAAGACUGCGGGCACCGAGUCGUCUGGCAAGACUGCGGGCACCGAGUCGUCUGGCGGAACAGCGGGCACCGAGUCGUCUGGCACGACAGUGGGCUCCGAGUCAACAGGCACGACAGUGGGCACCGGGUCAUCAGGUAUCGGAUUGUCUGGCUCGACAGCGGGCAUCGGGUCACCAGGCAUCAGGUCAUUUGGCUUGCCAGCGGGCACCGCGUCAUCUGGCAAGGCAGUGGGCACCGGGUCACCAGGUAUGACAGCGGGCUCUGAGUCAAGUGGCACGACAGCGGGCACUGGAUCAGGUACCGGAUCAUCUGGAUCAACAGCGGGCAUCGAGUCAACUGGC